AAACCUAUCAGUAUUCAAAGUGAUCAAGAGUAUCCCAAAUCCGAUUCAGUAUUACAACGAAGAGCCUCCAUUACCGACAACUUGGCCAACAAGCAUUCCAAUCCCCCCACAUAUAAACAAGACUCCUCAGCUGCUCCACUUCGUCGAACCCCGUCACUGAUCACGAAAGGCGCCAAAAUUCAAACCCAAUCCAGUGGCGACUCCUCGUCCCAGAACCGACGCGGAUCUACCGGGUCAGUCCUAGAUUCGGGUGAUGACCUCCGGGCCUUAAUUGUCUCUCGUCGAAAGGCCCAAGAGGCUUUCAACCCUCUCAUCGACGGACAGACAACAAUGAGACAAGCUUCAGUCACAAUGGCUCCGGCAAGCACGGCUGGUCCGAACAAUAUGCAAAUGAGCAACACUGCAGCUGAUGCAGUGUUGCGACAUCGCCAAUCCAUUGGCGAGGAUAAGGCUCUUGGUGUGUCUACGAGGAAACCCCAGCCAAUUGGACAGAGUAUCAUGGACCAGCCUUUUCCACAUCACUACCAUCACAAGUGUGGUCAUGACGCCAGGAAUAAAAUUGGAACCCGGCUGAUCAAUUCGAAAAACGCUCCAUUCAAAGGUUUGCUCAAGAAGAUGGGCAAUAAACUGUCUUGCUCGUGUGGCCCCCUCAAAAUCAAAGGUUACCGGUUUGAUGCCAAUGCCGAGCCAUGGGCCCAGCAUUCACAGCAAGCGAACAAUAGCCAACUCCCGUCCAGGGGCGGUAGCCGUCGGGCUGAGGGGCAACUCCUUAGCGCUAUUCCCAUUUGCAGGCUCUGGGCAGAAGUGUUCCACGUGACCACAUCCAGUUCAGGAUCGGUGAAAUGGUCACAGGUUAGCGAGGAUCUGGUUCCAGUCAACAUCACCUGUGUUCCAAAUGCUGGGGGUGGCGUGGCCCCUGUCCCAACCACCCAGGCCGGCCUGAAUGGUGGAGGUAAUGGCGGGAAUAACAAUAAUAAUGGACAACAGGACAGCCAGAACAAUCAGACACCAGCAGCUCAACAACAAGUCGUCUUCCAUGUCACGGCCUACAACUCUCAAGUGGAGAAGAUCCUGGAUGUCAGACUGAUCCAACCAGGAACCCGCAUUGGUCAAGCCUCAGAGUGCUUUGUCUACUGGAAGGACCCAGCCACCAACGAUACUUGGGGAUUGAACUUCACCUCGCCCAUCGAUGCCAAACAGUUCCGAGAGUGCUGCGAUGCCGCUCGAGUUCAUGCCCGACUCAAUCGGAACAACAUCAAGCCCAGUUCUCGGUCCACACCAGCCUCACCUUCUCGAUCUCGAGGUGGAGGCCUUUCGGGCGGGGAAGAGCCUCGAUGCACGUGCAUGACCUCGGCCGAGCAUUUUUCGGGACGCCGAUCCAAUGACCCCAGAUUGAGAGCAGUAACCCCUUGUGGCGGAACAAGUGGCGGCUCAUCCCAACAUCACCACGCCCAUGGAUCUUCCCACGAUGCCAGACGCUCUCAAACCUUGCCAAGAAACCUGUCGGGAUCGCGAGAUGAUGUAUCUGAUGCUAGUCGAGUGUCAGGGGCUCAUUCAAGUAGCUCAGUCUAUGACAAUGUCAAGAGGAACGAAUCUCGAAUGGGAAAUCAAGGAGGAGAUGGCUAUGGAAGCGUUCGAGAGGCUGACAGGACUCGCUUAAGUCAAAGAGACAUAUCCCGCUCGGCAGAUCAAUCAGGGCGCGGCACGCCCCGACAACCCGGCGGUUUCGAUUCCACGCGAAGUCGCCGUGGACGUAAUGAGUUGCUAAACUCCAAGUCCGUGGACUAUCACGACACCAGACAAACUGGAGCCCAUCGGGCCAGUCUCUCAAUGGGAGGCACCGCCCAUCAAUCUCGGGCUGACCACGUGCGCCGAAUGAGGAGUAAGAGCACGGAUCAGCUUCACCACCCGGACGACCGGAAUUGCAGUCGUUUUGAUAGCGGCACCCUGAAGCGCAUGCUCAAGCCGGUGCAGACCGCCCCUGAGUCACCUGUGACGUCACCCGAAGGGGGGAGACGAGGCAAGGCCGCUGGGAUGGGCUCAAUGGGCGGGAAGACAAACAACGGUUACCUCCCGCCCCAUUCUAGUCAACGCUACGACAGUGACCGAGAUGGAGGCUUCAUGUCCGAGCCUGAACCGCCUGGGAACCGGGUGCGUCGAAACAUUAGUCAGGGCCAGUCAGUGGACAUGGCCAGCAACACUUACCGCGACAUUGGCCGGACCUCAACGGGCAAUAAUCAGUUUUACAAAACUCGCGGCGGCAGCGGUGCUUUGCGCAACCCCAACAACCGGUCCCUGUAUUUGGACUUUAACGAACAAGGCGUGCCGCGUGAUCGCACCGGGUCGCCGCCCUCGGAUUCCGGAGGCAUCUUUGAUUCCCAUUGCUUUGCCACCACACCUUCGUCCAGUAAUGGUAAUAGUGACCUUGAGGGGAAUGACACCACACGUGCUUCUCCCACGUCUCAACUCUUAAUGGAUUACGAGGAGCAUCUUCGCAACACUUUGGAAAAGGGCAUGGACGCUGAGAGCUACAGUUUGCAUACCUUUGAAGCUCUCUUGACUCGAUCCAUGGAAAAUCUAGAGGCCAUCUUAUAUCAUGGCCUGCCCAUUCCACACCCCAUACCAUCAUCGAUGGGGAGGAACCAGCGCAUGAGUUUCAUUGACACGCCCAGUUCCUUCUGGUUGCGAACACCUCCCCCUCAGACUUCCCCUCGUCGAGCCAUUUCCACCAUUCACACCUCAGGCAGCGGGAACAGAAUUCACAAUGACUUGGCUCAAUGGGACUCCAUGCUGAGUGGAAGAUCUUUCAAAUGUCUCGAUGACAGUCGUCCCCAGUAUUCAAGUUCACCGUCCAGGCAAUGGGGACAUUGUUCUCCGGACCAAGCAGUGACGACAGGGACGACAGUGACGACCAGCAGUUCUCCUCAUGUCGGCAUGAGAUCCGUGGUGUCUCCUUCAUCCGGUUGUUCCCAGGGUGGUCCUAAAUCUCGGAGACCCUUGUUGGAUGAGGCUGUGUCCCACAUCCAUGCCCGAGUUGCAUCAUCGUCUCCAGGAUCAUCGUUUGGUGUGGUGGGUCGCCGAGACCUGCCGACGAGAGAAUGGACGAACGACGAAGACCCCCACCACCAUCACCCUCACCACUACCACGACUUUUCUCCUGCUAAUGCCCCAAACGAAAGAUUGGGUGGAGGAACAAGAGUAGGAAGAAGUGAACCAGAAUGUGGAGGAUUUGCUGAGCUCACGGCCGCAAAUGAUGGGAAUGACUCACAGAUGAUUAGACAUCCAUCGCGGCCAUCAUGGGAGGGCAAUGUUGUUCCAUUUGCUCCCUCAUUUUCAUCGCCUACAACGUCAUUAAGAGAGCAUGACUUGCAUGAACUUGGGACGGAUUUGAACCAACAGCCCUCCUACUUCAAGCGAAGACGUGAUUCCGACCACGUUCGAUCACGGACCAUGCCCUCUCGUGGAGGAAGUGUGCGGGAGGUGGCAGCGGGUUUAGACGCGCCCAUCUCCCUUCGAAGUAGUCGAUCUGGCUUAUGUGGUGCCCAAGGAAACCAGCCCAUGUUAGGCCGACCUCGAUCUGUGAAUUCUAGCUUCGAUUCGAGACGAGGGCCUCAUUCCGGACUCCCAAGUUCGGCACAAUCAAGUUUGGAUCAAACCGGGUACAUGUCGGAUAGGAACGACCUGUCAAGAUUUCCCCAAAGUAGAGGGGGAGGUCUCAUGAAUGGCAACGGAUUCAUGCACCAAAGAAAUCUUAGAUUGGCGCCAAUGGGUGGCAGCAGUCGUCAAGACAGUAUUCGGUCUGGUUACGUGUCUGACCACGAGGCUCUCUCCUCCUCUCAGCCUCAUAUGAUUCACGGCCUCUCUUCAUCCAUGCAACAGUCGAGCCUAGAUGGCGCUCAUUUACAGAACCAGGAUGCCCGAUUGUGCUAUCUGACGUCAUCAGAGAUCUCCGAUGACGACCGCAUGUCCUUGACCACCGCUCAAUCGGAUGAAGAUGAAAUUGAAAGCUCUCACAAUUCGCCAUAUAAAGCCAAACAGUCCGGAUCAGCCGCCAGCUUCAAUUGCACAGGGGCCGUGAGAAAAGCAGGGUUCCUUUCAGUCAAAAAAUGGAUCUUACGGAAGAAGCAUCAGGUGGAAUUGGCCCGUAAACGAGGCUGGAAAGGCUACUGGGUUUGUCUUAAAGGCACCACUCUGCUAUUCUAUCCGUGCGAUUCCCGAGAGGGUCGCUCGGUGGAGGCCACGCCCAAACAUCUCAUCAUCGUGGAUGGAGCCAUCAUGCAAGCCAUCCCGGAGCAUCCCAAACGAGAUUACAUUUUCUGCUUGUCCACCGCCUUCGGUGACGCCUACUUGUUCCAGGCUCCAUGUCAGGUCGAGUUGGAGAACUGGGUGAACUCGAUCCACUCUGCUUGCGCCGCGGCCUUUGCUCGACACCGAGGAAAAACUGGCACCCUACACUUACUCCAAGAGGAAAUCUACAGAUUAGAGAAAAACAUCGAGUCGGACCAAAAACUGAAGCACAUGGCCGAAUUGCAGUUGAGUGUGGUGUCGGAUUCCAAUUCCAAGAUCCAGAUCGAGAACCAGAUCACACAAUGGGAGGAGAAUUUGGAGAGAUUACAUUGUGAGCAGUUCAGAUUACGGUGCUACAUGGCAUCCCUUCAAAAUGGAGAACUCCCCAAUCCCAAGGGCGUCCUCACCCAAGUCACUUCAAGCACAAAGCAAACAUUGAACCGCUUGGGCGUGUUCACCGUGUCUUCAUUCCACGCCUACAUCUGCGCCCGCAGUCCCUCGCUAUUGAACAAUUUGUUGGCGGGUCGCGGAGCCACCAAACGCCGGGCACCUCUUCUCUCUCGUUCCAAUUCGGCUGGAUCCCGACGAUCCCUCACCUCGACGGUGGUUGGUCCCAAUGGAACAGGCUCGUCCCAUGUCAAUGGGGUGGCCACUGUCCUAAGCCCUGGUGACGGCCAUGAUAGCAAACUCGUGAAGGUCACCUUACCGGACAGCCAGAUCGUGACUUUUUACCUUCGCGAUGCCAUGACUGUGGAGGAUUUCCUUGGCGCGGCUUGCAUCAAAAAGGGUCUUCAGCCCGUGGAACAUUUCGUCCGAGUGAAGAAGCGCCGGGAUAUGCCGACUAUGAAGUACUUUGUGCCGCAUCGAUCCGAUCUCAUUGAAACAUAUCUCCAGACUCAUGAGGUUGUCGAAGUCUGUGCCAAAAUUCUUUACCAGGUGGAGCUGAACCGGGGAAACUUGGACACCAUGUGGGGUUUCUCGGUGGAGGCAGAACUUGUGGAGAACUCGGACAAACAAGAUGAGCUCUGUUGUUACGUGAGUCGGGUGGAAGAACGAUCCGUGGCCAUGACCAAUGGCAUCAUCAAAGGUGAUGAGAUCAUGGUUAUCAAUGGUGCCAUAGUCAGUGAUUUGGAUAUGAUGUUCAUUGAGUCUGUACUCCAAGAAGAGAUUGCUCUCUGCAUGAUGAUGAGGUCAUCCCGAACAGAGCCCCCGGAUCCAUCCAACCCUUUGAAAUCCACCGACGACAUGAUCGAUAGUCUGGUGUGUCCUCCGCCGCCUAGUGACAACCCGCUCAACGAAGAAGCCAUUUCCAGUCUCAUCGUUCCCGCACCUGAAUGGAGCAAAGAUCAAGCGAUCUCGCCUGAAGGCGAUUCCACGGCACCUCCAUCACAAGCCUCUGAAAGAUCCGAGGCACCGCCCACCAUGGUGACCACAGCAUCGGCUCGGAGGAUCACGCCCAUUCAGCCUCAAAUUAAGGGCGUUUCGAAAGAGCCCCGAGGUCGAGGUGGUGGGACAGGGGCCAUCAUUGGAGAUCAACCUCCCCUGGACGUGGAUGCUCUAUUGAACAAGGGCGGCCUUGGAACCAAGGACAGCCCAACCUCUGAGCAACCCAUGACCCCCACUCGAACCUUGUCAGACACGGAGAAGCUUCGCAAGGUGAUAUGUGAACUGGUGGACACGGAACAUACCUAUGUGAGACAUUUGGGAUUCCUCAUGAACACCUAUUUGGAACCCCUGAAGGACGAAGGGUUUCUCUCCAGCUCUGAGAUUGGUUCCUUGUUCGGGAACAUCCAGGAGAUCUACACAUUCCAACAACAAUUCCUAAGAACAUUGGAAGAAGCCAUCGAGUCUGAACCUCAAUUCCAACAACUCGAUUCACCGCCACAAUUCAAGAAUGUGCUUUUCUCCAUUGCCAAUGCAUUCCUCUACUAUGUCAAUCACUUUAAGCUCUACAGCUCGUUCUGUGCCAGUCAUUCCAAAGCCCAAAAGGCGCUACAUCCAAAUGAGGGCAAUCAAGCCUUGCAAGAGUUCCUGCACUCGCUCAACCCGCGCCAACAACACUCCACCGCUCUCGAGUCCUAUCUAAUCAAGCCUAUUCAGAGGAUCCUGAAAUACCCUCUGCUCCUCCAACAAUUGAAGAACUUGAGUCCUUCCAACUCGGACGAGCAGCAACACUUGAUCGAGGCCCUGAUUGGCAUGGAGAAGGUGGCCGAGCAUAUCAACGAGAUGCAGAGGAUUCACGAGGAAUACGGAGCCAUCUUUGACCAUCUGUUCAGGCAGCAUCAGAAGGCAUCCAAGCAGGCAAUUGAUUUAAGCCCCGGCGACCUAUUGUAUUAUGGUGGCGUGGAGUGGCUGAAUAUCGCUGACUUCUUGGGCAAGAUCAAGAAGGGCCUUGAGCUUCAUGCCAUGUGCUUUGUCUUCAAGACAGCGGUGGUCUUCCUUUGCAAGGAGCGACUCCGACAAAAGAAGAAGUCACUCAUCGGUACAUCCAGCAAAUCCAAUCAAGCCGAGGUCGAGAUCAUUCGCUAUCAAGUCCUGAUCCCGGUGAAUGAGGUUCAAGUACGAGCGAGCAGUGUCAAAGACGUCGAGUCCCAUUAUCUAUGGGAGCUGAUCCAUUUGAAGAAUUCGUUGCAGCGAAGAAACGAGAAGGUCUACCAUCUAUCCAACAGUACGGCCGAGUUCCGGAACGCUUUCCUCAAAACCAUCCGCCAGAUCAUCCGUGAAUCCGUGCGCAACAUGAGCCUUCCCCUUGGCAUGAGCAUGACCCCUUCUUCGAAUUCUCCCCCGAGUGGUGCCAGCCAUUUGAUGAUGACCAAACCAGACCCUCCCAUGCGAUCCCAAUCCACUCGUUUGUCCUCCAAUCCCGGGGGAUCUCAGACUCAGCCCGAAUCUCCUCAGCACGGCGGAACGCAUACCUUGCAACUCAAUCGAAAACGGGCCCCGCCCAAACAACCGUUCAAUAGCCUGCAGCGCCACAGCAACCCUGGGCCUAUGCCUGGGGGUAGGAUCCCGGAUUACGAUAACGUAGAGAAUUGUCGCUUCGAUAGCGGUGCUAAUGAUGAGAGCUCGGUGGGCGGGGAAGAGUCCGAUGGGCAGCAACCACCCCCCGCCCCACACCAGACAUCGUCACAGCCCAGUACCCGAAGAACCCAUCAACCGGGUCAGCAUCACCGGAGGCAGCCUUCCAAUGGGCAGACCCGGUCGAGGAAUCCCGCCAUGGGAGAGGUCCACGCUCUCGACUGCAAGUAGCCAGCCUCCAACCCAUCAACAACGGGUUCAGAUCUUGCCACCGGACCAAGGUCCCAAAGACGACCGUCGAUCCAGUAACAACGGCCAUGCCCACCCCCGGAACCGCCCGUUUGAUUCAUCACCAGCCCCACCACCCCCACCACCUCCUCACGCCUCGGGCCUUGACCUAGGCUCUCCUGUUUGGAAGCCCCGCCAUAACGGAAGAGGCCGCCAUCCAGACCAGCCUUUGGCCUCGUCUUCAAGCUCAAGACGAGGCUACCAACCGGCUUCCCGACGACCUCAUUCCGACUAUGGGUCCAUUUCCAGCCAUGACGAGUCCUUACAGUCAGCAAGUCAAUUACUGGAUACACUUAUCAAUGAGUUGAGAGCAUAUUAAGCGGGAAGCGAUUGAGAAACUCCGGGGAAAUUCCCGCGUUAUCUUGAAUCGCAAAACGAACUACUGGUUCCUCCUCUCCAGAAUGGAGACCGAGCAAAAGUCCCGAAGCCAAAAAUGAUAAAUGAACAACAUCCUCUGCUCUCAUUUUCUAGUCCAAUCUCGCAUUUUUUUGCCUUUUUGACUCCUUCCAAAACUCUUUAUGGCCCUGAAAUUUCCUAACCACUCCUUCUUCUCUGACAUCUGUAAUCCGUGAAAGUCGUCGCCAAUUCUUUUCAUUUCCGUGUAAAACAACGUAAUUAAGAAAGAACUUCCAAGAUAUUAAGAUCUAUACUACAAAAAAUCAUGAUAAAGCUAUGCUAUGAUAAUACAUAACACUCUCUCAACAUGCGACGA